AUGGGCCUCUUAGAUCAGCGGUUCCCAAACCUCCCUCUAGCAUCGAACCUUCAGGCAUCCAGUGGGUUGCAACCCAUGGAUCCAGAUGGAGAUUGGAAAGUGAACGAGGCAUGGGAGGUGAAGGAGGCAACUGGGAAGUCCUGCGUGCUUCACCCGGUGAAGACCACGAGGAGCGGAGAGCACGUCUUUGCGUGUGUCACGUGCACAUCUGUCUUCCAGGCUCCCCAAGUCAAGGACCAUUUGGCCUCAAAGAAGCACCAAAAGAAAUCAUCAAAGCAGCUGAACGAUGAUGAAACCUUUGCGGUUCACCUCAUCCGAGUGACAUUGGAUCAAGAUGUGACUCGUCUUUCAUUGGAGGACUUUGAGGAGAAGAAGAAGCAUGUCAAGGACAAGCUGAACAAUCCAGAGCUUGUUCGUUUUCAGGCUCGAUACCAUGCCUUCUUGCCUCCACGUUUCAAGCUUCAUGGUGGUUGCAUUCUCCCUGUGGGAGUGGAGUAUCUCGUGGAGAUAAUCUCGGAGUGGAUGAUUUUUCGUGGAAUGAUGAGACUUCAGUAUGGAUACACCUGUUUCCUUUGUGACAAGUCAUUCCUCGAGAAGAAUCCAUUCGGCUCUCUCAUGCAACACGUCUUGAGUCGGCGCCAUGUUUUCGCUUAUGUGGAAAGUCAUUUCCCUCACCUGAAGGAUCUCUGUACUUCUCCAGCCUCCCUGGAAGCAUUUCAGAAACUGGUCGCUCAAAGGGGUAGAGUCUUUGAAAUGCUGUCUGUGGAUAAGGAGGUGUUCGACGGGAAUAAGGACCACAUUGCCGCAUUUGUCAAAGGCGAAAACUUCCAGGCAGCUGUGAGUUGGGUUCAGAAAAUUAGGGAGAAUUCCAAGGAGAAACAUGCCUCCAGUGUUGACCUUGCACCCACUCGGGCUCUGACAUCCAUGGUGGAUAAAGAGAUGCAGCUAUCAAAAGAACAUCAACAACCAAAGCCUGUUGUUCAUCAGCACCAGUCAGGAUCUCAUCACUCCCCCAUGGUACUUCAACAGGCUACACCUGUCCUUGAGCACAGGCAGGGAUCUCAUCGUCCUCCACCUGGGACCGUGCAGCAUCCAUCGGAGCUCCAACAAUCAACAUGUGUUCAUCGGCACGAACCAAGAUCUCGACGACCUUCAUCGAGUGCAGUGCAGAUUCCAUUAGAGCCUCAGCGUGUAAUGGCUGUUCAUGAGACAAGAUCUCAACAUCCUCCAUCUGGAACUGCACUGGCAUCACAAAACGUGCAGCAUCCGUCGGAACUUCAACAGGUACUUCGCGUCGCUCAUUCUCGGCUCCAACUGGGAUCUGACGAGUCUCCCUCUGGAAGCAACACGGUGGCACUAAGGCAGAGCCCAGUGUCUGCACCGAGUCUAAAUGAUGGCAAGUGCAAGAUGCCAAUGCAGGGGACUUACAGCCUCAUGAGCAAGUUCCUCCGGGACCAUGUCGGAUGUGGGCACGUUUUGGACUUCGGUCAGGUGUUCUUCCGGGACCGCAUCGGCCAGAGUUUGAAGGGGUUCCUGUUGGAGACGUCGGCCGAGGAUUUUCCGAACGUUCGGGAAGCCACGAGGAAGUUGGAAAGGUUGCAGUUGCCCAGUGAUCCAAGAUCUCCUCAGUUGCCCAGGAUUCCUCUCCUCUAUCCACAAGAUGUGGCCCUGUUGCUUUUGCUGCACAAGACAUUGGAGCCUUCAGAGCAGGAGUGUCUCAGUGAUUACUUACAAUUCCUGAAGGAAAAGAACACUCGUGAGCUGAGACGCAUCUUCCACGCGCUGAAGAUGUUGAAAGAGAGUGGGCAUCUCCCCUCGCACGAUGACCCGAAAGUUGACGAGGCUCGAGCAGCCCUCGGGAUCCGGUGAGAUGCGUCCGUGACAGUCCAGUGGGUCUCCUUGCACCAAAGUCCUGGAUGAAAUUCUUUUGUACUUCACUUGACUUUCUUGCUCCUAUGAUUCUUAGAGAUUUGCAAUCUCUCCCAUGCCCAACAAAUGCCUUGCCCGAUGAGUAACACGGUAUCCUUGCACGUUUGCCUGCCUUUUUCCCAUGUGAAGAGUUGGGAAUCCCCUUAAUAUUGGAUUGAAUUAAAAAGGCAUGUCUCAAAGUUGCUUUUUCCUUCAUGUGCAAUGUCUUUGCUGUCUGUGGGCGAGAUUUCAAACCUCUGCCUGUCAUUGCAGUCGAGAUGAUUUGAAAGAUUUUUGUGAAAAACUGGAGUUUAUGUUCUGUGUAUGAUGCUCAGAAAAUCAAAUUUUGUUUCAGGACUACCACAUGUGAUCAAUGCCACGAAAUGCCAUGUAGCCGCACGACCAGAAAUUGUUGAGUGCCUUUCUCCAUUUGUUCCUGAAUGAAAUGAAUAUUUUCAAGACG